GAGCAGUAUUUCACACCUAUUUAACCGGAAACGUUUUGCUCGGCUGUUAACAAUUAGCCGUAAUUGUAUCAGGACCUAUGUACUGUACUACUGCAGUAGUACUACUACUUCCUCUACUACGCAGUAUUUGCAUUUACUGCGCUGUCUCUGUCCUCAGUGAGUGUGGUUACAGUGUAUCCGUGAAGUAUAGCUGCACGGCCAGAUUUUUUUCUCACCCCUAAUGCCACCCAAGAGAGACGCAGGAGCGACUCCAACACAAGUACCAGUCAAGAUGAUAAAAAUCGGCAAUGAUGCACAGGAGUUUGGCUGUGAUCCAGCGGAGGAUAAGUACAGGCUGGCUGAAGAGUCCAGCUACUCACCUUUCCCCAACAAUGAGCAGCAUGAAAACAUUGAAUUUGAUGAAGAAAAUAUUGCAAGCCCGGGCAUCAGAACAGACACCAUCAGCCUCCUCAUGAAGAUAGAGCAACUGCAGGCACAACUCAAGUAUGAGCGAAGAUGUAGAAUUUUGGCAGAGAGGGAACUGAGGGAGCUGAAAGAGAUGAACACUCUCAUGAUGCAGAUGAGGCACACGGCACAUGAACUGCGGGUCACUCUGGAUCAUGUUCUCCAAGGAGGAGAGGCGUCCGCCACACCGCAGAACUCUCAAGACGAGUCCAUCUCGUUCCUGGCUGAGCCUGAGGCCGAGAUGAGCGAGGUUCAUAACAUCCCAGAGGAUGAUCACAGCUUCCUAUAUCUUGCUGAGAAUCUUCGAGUACCUAGAAACCUUUAUGAGCGCAUCGCGGAGAUCGCAGACUACAAGAAGUACACGUCGGCGCUGCUGAUGAUACUUUUUGACAGAGAAACGUUGGCCACACACUCCCUGCAGGGCCGGAGGAACACCUUUACUGGAGAAGACUGCCACAAGCCUCAACUCCCACCUGACAUCUUGAGAAGUAUAAUUGAUCACGUGGCGGUGAAAUUCGGCGUUGAUAGCAGCCAAAUAAAAACUGCAAUCCGCACAAAGUUGAAUAAUGAGGACAAACUAUUAAAGAAGAGACUGGGCAUGGUUAAAGCUGAAAACAAAGCUAUUAUUGAUGCAAGCUUUUGCCAAGAUGCUUCACUCCUGCCUGAAAACGGAGGGAUGAGAAGUGAUUCUCAGUUAUAACCUUUUAAAUCUGCCUUCAUUUGUUGCUCAUCGUGUCUGAUAGAAAUGUGUGACAGGUUGCCUUUUUGUAAUCCACCUGUAGUUUAUUCAUCAUUCAAAUCUAGUGCUUGAAGUUAGUACAUUUUUUUUAACACUUUUUAGAACUCUUGCUUUUUUUUUUACGGCUGUCGUUUUUUUUUUGUCAAGUGUUAGAAAAGUGUAGCGUUUAAUUUGCCGACCCAUCAGAGGCAUAGAACAGCACUAUAAGAAUUCACAUAUGUAAUCGUCAGUUGUACAAACAAACAAACAAGUGUUCUUAUUUAGUUUGAGGUAGUGGGUGGCUCCCAAUAACAAGUCUGUGAAGUCGAUCUUUGUCCAACAUUUAUACUGAACUUUUCAAUCAGCCGGCCUUUGUGUGUUUUGAAAGUAGGACAUUUGAAAAUGUAAUAGCAGCAUCAUCCUGUUGUUCAUCACAAACUGUGCAUUACACCGAGUGAUACUGUGUUUCUAGAGUAGAUUUUAUGGCAGUUGCAAAAUAAGCUGUAAGUGAUAAUUAAUCUUCCUGCUUCCACAACAUCUAUUACAUCACUUCUCUGUUUGUUGUGCUUCCAAGGGCCAAUAAACGUUUAGAACUGAAAUCCUUCUGUUAACUUAGACCCUUUCUUACAGUGAAGCACUGUACAGGUGCAUCUCAAUAAAUUAGAAUAUCAUAUAAAAGUU